CUCAUUCACUCUAUGGGAGGAGGUACUGGUUCGGGGUUAGGCACGUUUGUGUUGAAGCUUCUAGAAGACGAGUUCCCAGAGGUAUGUCGGAUAGUGACCUCUGUCUACCCGACAGCAGAAGAUGAUGUCAUCACCUCUCCUUACAACAGCAUCCUAGCCAUGAAAGAACUCACAGAACACGCAGACUGUGUCUUGCCAGUUGAUAACAAGUCUCUGGUUGAUAUUGUUGGUAAGAUACAACACAUGUCCAACACUGGCAAACCAGGCUGUACCAUCAAGAAGGACUGUACCAUCAUCUCGGGACAAGGAGGGGUGGUGAAGGUCGAGAAACCUUUUGAUGCCAUGAACAACAUUGUGGCCAAUCUACUUCUUAAUAUUACCAG